AUGUCAGUGAUGUUUAGGCGUACUUUUGUGAAAGUGGCGAGUUGAUUUAAUCUAAAAUCUGAAGUUCUGAAUCUGCGUACUGGAGGGUUGUGAAAUAAUGGUGUGGGAGUUUGUAAGCAGUUGUUUCACACCCAACUGUAAUGGUUGUAAACAUCAACAUGAGUAAUCCUCGGAAUGUAAUUUUGGUGAUAAUGAUCAGUGAUGGAUGUAACUCAGUCUCAAGAUAGCUGUAAAUAUUCUCUGACUCCUCGACAAAUCCCACCGCAAAAUAUUGUUAACAAGAUGAUAAGGAGGGAGAUUUAUGGGGCUAUCAAACCUGGUACUCAUUUUCAUGUUGCGCGGGAAUUUCAUCAGAAUGUAUUCCCCAAUUUCACUAUUGUCGACGUUGAGAAGCCACCCUGUUUUCUGAGAAAGUUCAGCCCAGAUGGUCGACAUUUCAUAGCCUUCUCAUCAGAUCAGACAUCACUUGAAAUUUAUGAAUAUCGUGGUUCAUUUGCAGCAGCUGAUUUAGUGCAUGGUUGCAAAGGAGAAUACAUUGGCAAUGAGAGUGAUCAGAGGAGUGAUUAUAUACGCAGUAAGGUUUUUGAACGAUUUUUCAAACUGAAAUAUACAGUCAAUGUAGCUCAAAGCGGAAAGCAGCUCAACAGAGAAUGCAGUCUUUUCACCGAUGAUGGUUGUUAUGUCAUUGUAGGAUCUGCAGUAUACAUUCCAGAUGACUUACGACCACAUUUUUACGAGAUAUAUACUAAUAAUGAAGCUGUAACACCUAAUCCUCGCUCACCACUUGAGGAUUAUUCUUUACACUUGGUGGAUUUGCAGGAAGGACGAUUGUGUGACACAAGAACAUUUAAAGUCGAUAAAAUCUAUCUUUCACAUAACCAAGGCUUAUAUCUGUAUAAGGAUACUUUAGCAGUACUAUCUGUUCAGCACCAACUUAUCCACAUAUUUCAGCUGAUUGAUGGAUUUUUUAUCAAUGUUCAUACAGUUGGUAGGUUCUGCUAUGAAGAUGAUGACCUUCUUUUAUCAUCUGCAAUUUCCCAGGGAAAUGGAUCUAAUGUAUACAGACCUUUUAGGGAUGCAACAAUCAAUUCACUGAAGCAUAGACUUCUUGUGUUCUUAUUUAAAAGAGCAAAGCACAUAUCUGACACAGCGGGUGAUCCAUAUGAACUUCGGAAAUUUUACCAGCACUUUGAUCAGUUCAAAUCUUUACGGAUGUGGAAAAUGCAGUUGUUGGACGAGAACCAUCUGCUAGUGAAGUAUGCAGGGGAAGAAGUGGUCACAUUGCAAGCAUCAGAACCAAAUGCACAGUCAUCCUUCUUUGUUGUUUACAACAUCUUGAAUACUGAAGUUUUGGCUGUUUAUGAAAAUACAUCUGAAGAAUUCCUACAGCUGUUUGAACAUUUUUGUGACUUAUUUCGAAAUGCAAAGUUACAUUCAGAGUCACAAUUCACAUGUUCUCCAUCAAAUAAUAUUUAUGCAAGACUGAUACAACAGCGCUUCAAGCAAACAAUUGUUAGUGCUCGGUUUGGAGGACCAACUGAAGCCACAAAAAGGUUGCUGGCACAGCUACCAAUAAGUGCCCAGUCCUACAGUAGCUCUCCAUAUCUAGACCUGUCUCUGUUCAGCUAUGAUGACAAAUGGGUGUCUGUCAUGGAGAGACCGAAAGCUUGUGGCGAGCAUCCGAUCAGAUUUUAUGCGCGUGAUUCAGGAUUACUGAAGUUUCAGAUCUAUGCAGGAGUUCUUGGGAAGAGUCCACCUCCUUCAGCUCGACGCCUUGUUGCCUUCACAUUCCACCCAACUGAUCCAUUUGCUAUCAGUGUUCAAAGAACAAAUGCAGAAUAUGUUGUUAACUUCCAUAUUCGACACGUUUGAUUUGUUAGUUAAUAAUGUGAAACUGUUAAUCACAUCUUACAUAUAUGUUGUGUUAUUUACCUACAGUGAUUGCAGGAAUUAUAAAAAAAGUAUAAGCAGUAAGUUGUAAUUGGAUUUUCCUGUACUUGUAAGUUUUGUAAAAGAAGUUCUCAUGUUCAUAAGUUGUAUUUGUUGGUCAGUAAGAAGCUGAUUUUUAUUGUUUUUAAUGAAGCAUAUGCAGAUGUUGAUCUGGUUGAAGGUACAGUUAAUAUCUUUAAAAAACAAACAGUGAAACAAAAAAGGAUAAAAAUAUAAUGUAGAAAUUAUACUCAGAAAUGGUUCCUUAACAAAGAGCUUGGAUGCUGUUUGAGGCAGGCUGUUCUCUGUGCACCCAGAAUUCAUUUUGACAUUCGCAAGUACAUGAUUAGCAGGAAAAGGAUACAGAUGUGGUAUACCAGCUUUGUUAAGGAACGAUUUGUAGUCAGCAGAUUUUUGCAGUCCUGCAGCUGCUUUUGUGUUGGUCUUUCAAUUUUAUUUUGGCUGUGAACUAUCAGAUAUUAUUUCUUUCUUCCAAUGAAUGUUUGUAUUCAUUUGUGAUCAUCUGCAAUUUACCAGUAUCAGAUUUUAA